CGGAUCUUUCGCAAAAGCUCAAGCACUUUUGCACUGGCACGAACAGGCUUGGGCUGCAAUGCGAAGGGAACGAACUACUUCGUCGGCAACCAUGUUUGUAGCAGCGACAUACUUCAGUUGAGCUAUUUUUAGAGUGUUGAUCGUCCAAUCGAGAUCUUUAGUGCUAUCUCUGAUGUCUUGGCGGAAAAAAUUUUAGCGUAUCACAGUCUCUUCACACUUCCGGUACCACCAAACCAGUAUAAUGGCAGCUGUACUUCCAUCUCAGAGAGAAACUAUGGCGACGGACGCGAGUGAGAAGCAGGCGGCAAGAACCUAGCCAUUACCGUGAUAGUAGCGGUUGCAGAGGCACUAUCUCGUUGGUGUUCUUGUAGCAGAACGCUCAUUACCUCGAGGGAGCGGAAGGGAACGUGCAGAGAGGACCAGAGCAGGAGCACUUUAUGGCGACGACGACCAACACGCUUUAUGGCGUGCUUCUGCAACAGGGUAGUGCCUUCGUCUGCACUCUUGGCCUGGUUCUGCAGAAGGUCUCAGCGGAACGAGCGGAGAAGCAGGCGGCUGGGUUUGCGCCAAAAAGUUCUUCUAAACAAGCUCCGACUUUUUAUGCACCAGGUGGCAUUACCAAUACCACGACGAGUCCGGGCGCGACCAGCGCUGCAACGUCGCCGUCAAAGCCCAAGCCAGUGUACCAGCAGCCGCUAUGGGUCUUCGGGUUCUCCUGUUUUUUGCUCGGCCAGUUGCUGAUGCCUGCAGCAUUGGCCUUGGCACCGCAGUCGGUGCUAAGCUGUCUCGCACCCUCGGCUCUCGUCGCGAACAGUGUCCUAACACCAUGCCUGCUCGGUAUAUCGUCUUGUACUUCCACAUUUUGCUGCUGUUAAGUAAGGACUAAAACUUCGUUUGGGUACAUGUUGCAAAACAUUUAAGUAGUCGCUUGGCACCUGGUGUGAGUACUAAGGAAUGCAAGAAAAGUCGUUUCGCAACAUCGUCGUUGCCUAGAAGAGGAUGCAUGGUGGUGUUGGGAAUCAGGAAGAAUAAGAAGCAGCAACCAACAACAAGAAAACGCAUUAAUGUGAUCAAAAAACAAUUGUCAAUUGUCACACUCACAUCAACCUCCAGGUGAGCAACUGCUAUUACAGUGAAAAGUGCCCUCCGCCCCUCAAAUUGCAAAAAUUUGUGAUGCGAAGUUUCCAAAUGAAAACUUUUUGUCAUGCAUGAAACGAGUAUGAAUCUUUCUGAUGCUGAUUCUAGGCGUGUAUCGCAUCGCUUGCAUGACAAGCGCCGCUCUUGCUGGGGUCUUUUGCAAUAGAAAUUUUCGCUAUUCGCGAUUGGAAACCUGUGAUGCUGAUAGGUGCAAGAGGGCGAGUGUUUCAUUUGGAAAGGUUUGCAAUACAAAUGCUUUCAAGUUCGGGGGUGGGGGCAUUUUUCCUUCUGAUAACUGCAGAGGUUUCACUAUUACAGCGUUCUGCUGAUCUUCGCCGGGUGCAUUGUGUCGGUGCUGUAUGUAUCGUAAGGAAAAAUCCCCCCUCCCCAUAUCGAAAACGUAUCCGUCUGACAAUUUGUGAUGCGCAUUUGUGACCUCAAAUCCUGUCUGUCUUGCAAGAAGGCAAGUCCAGAAAGCGUUCCGCUUUUUGCAGGCGGUUCGUGAUGCUGUUGGGCUUAGGGCAUACACGUUUGUCAUGCUAGGCGCCUACCUCAAAACCUCUCGACUGAGGCUUGACAUAUGCCUGCAGUCCUGCACUGCAAGACAAAUCUGAUUUGUGUACGGAAAUCCAGCAUCAGAAACUUCAUUUCGAUAUGGGGAGGGGGGAUUUUUCCUUUUGAUAGUAUGGCCUGCAAGAGGAAGAGGACGCCAACACGGAGGUUGUGUUUGAUCUAAAGCAUUUUUACUACCUCCUGACUCGCCCGCUUUUUCACGUUUUGUUCGCCGGGACGGUGGUUGUUACCAUUAUCCUCGGCAGGCCGAUCUUGCGGCAACUGUGCGCACCAUCCAGAUCGCGGACAAAAAGCGCCGAAGCUGCUGCUGCAACCUUCUCGAAGGACAGCACCGUUGCAGGAGCUUCUACGAGUGGAGCUUUCUUGUCGACAGGAUUCACAGACACGAAAAAUGAUGAUCCUUUGGCCUAUCCGCCGUCCGGAGGUGCUAGCAGUCCUGGAAAGAACAGCAGCAAAAUCGCGGCCACCUCCAGCCCUUUUGCGCUCAUACUGCUAAGCAGUAUCUUCGGCGCGAUCAGUGUGUCCUCAACGAAAGUGGUAUCGACGCUCGUCGCGACCGAACUCAGCGCAGCAACACGGACCACGGAAGAUUCCUCGAUGGGCUCAGGUAUGGCUUUUUUCAUAGAUGAGUUCUUGCAGUAGCUGCAAGAAAGGAUUUACUUUUAUUGUAUGCGAGGAUGAUCAGCAUGUGCCUGAGGUUGAGGUGAGAUGCAAUCGAAUCUGCGGAGCCAUGGAAUCAUUUAUUUCCCUACUACAGGUACCAGUGGUUCAUCAACAUCUUCUUCGGCUUCUUUCCUGCUUACCUUGGUCCACUGGCUCUUCUUGUCCCCGGCCGGCCGGACGUCGUUGCUUCUGAUCCUUUUCGGCAUCCUGUGCAUGGCGUUUUGCAGCAUUUCGCUCCUGAAUUUGUCCAUGCUGCGGUUCUCCUCGCUGACGACCGUGACGUUAAGUACCGGACUGGGCCUGAUUUGCCAGUUUCUGUACGGUGCGAUCUUUUUCGAGGAGUAUCGGUUUUUCACCAGAGCCAGCUUCUUCGGGACGGUGC